AUGAAUUAAGAAUAAAUUUAAAAAGAACUUGAUUCCAUUGAUAGGCAAACUAAAUUUAUUAAUUUAUAAUGUAAGUUUUAUUGUGCCUUUCAAUCCUUUGUUUUUCGAUUCCUUAACAAAGAUAAGUAAUAUCUCUCAACAUUUAUAGCAACAAAAUUUAUACAUUUAGAAAUCAUUAUGGGUCUUAUAUGGCAUUUGGAAUGGCUAUCCAUAAUACAUAUCAUCUACGAUAAUCCAUUCUAAAAUAAUGUAUUCAUUUGACAAAGUCAAAAAAUCCAUUAAUUAUUAAACUUACAGCAAUUCCUAUAACUUCACUUUAUUUUGGAGUAUUAUUUGGAUUAUGGCAUAUUCCCUCCUUUUCUGGAGAAAUAGCUAUUAGGUUAUACUUUGGAGUAUAAUCUGCUGUUUUUGAUUACUUAAUGGAUAAAGAAUAAAUAUUUUAAGAUAUUCCUUUAAAAUCAAUAAUUAAAUGAGUG